CUGAUUCGUCAAUAAAGGCUAUAUCAUUGAGGAGCGACAGUCCGGACGUGUGAUCAACUGAAAGUGGUAGUUAUGUCACAAUUAAAGAGAAUUAUUUGGCCCAAAGUCGUACUGUUUGGGGACUCUAUCACACAGUUUUCUUUCCAAGCUAAUGGAUGGGGCUCUGAAAUAGCAGAUAAGCUUGUCAGGAAAUGCGAUGUCGUGAACAGAGGGCUGUCCGGUUACAACACCAAGUGGGCUAAGAUUGCUCUACCUCGUGUCAUCGACAACAGCAGUGCAGAUUCAAGCAUUGCAGCUGUCACCAUUUUCUUUGGAGCUAACGACUGUUCUUUAGCAGAGAAGAACCCACAACAGCACGUGCCCCUGCAGGAGUACACGCAGAACUUGAAGGACAUGGUCGGCCAUCUAACCUCUGUGGGAGUGUCCACAGACAAAGUCAUCCUCAUCACUCCCCCGCCCCUCCAUGAGCCGGACUGGGAGAAAGAGUGCCAUAUGAAAGGCUGUUCUCUGAAUCGUUUGAAUGCGGUGGCCGGUCAGUAUGCCGAGGCCUGUGUCCAGGCAGCGGGGCAGUGUGGGGUGGAAGUUCUGGACCUCUGGACACUCAUGCAGAGAGGCGGGCAGGACUUCUCCACGUACCUGUCUGACGGACUGCACCUGUCUGAUAAAGGCAGCCAGUUUGUGGCCCAGCACCUGUGGGCCCUGCUGGAGAAGCGAGUCGAUGCACUACCCAUGAUCCUCCCCUACUGGGGGGAUGUAGACAACAAGAACCCAGAGCCUUGUCUGCUGAGUCACAGCUAACAUGACAAAUGAGGAAUGAAAUACACAUAAUGCCCCUCCUUCCUGCCACGCCAUUGGCCACAGCAUGCCCGUCUGGCAGCCGGGUUCCUUGGUAUCAUGUUUUACUGCACUGUAGUGGACAGUGUUUCUCAAUGCCUGUAAGAACUGUUCAAAAUUUUAAGAGUACAAUGGUCCAUUUGUACCAGUUUGUUUUUAGCCAAAUCAACAAAUGACAAUAUGGCUGCAGUACAGAGGUUCAAAAUAAAUCUUUAUUUGGA